AUGCACUUCUUAACGUCAAGUCACGGGUUUCUCUUGAGUGAAUUCUUAAGCGCUAAGACCAACCAACGUCAAGAUGAAUAUGGGAUGAGUGCAAAGAAUCGUCUCCGGAUCUUAUUCCAGAUCAUCGACGCGAUCAGGUCUAGUGUACCCAAAUCAUUCUGCUUGUCCAUCAAACUCAAUUGCUCAGACCUGUCGGAAGGCGGCUUGACGCAGGAAGAAGCACUCGAUAAUCUUAGAUUGAUUUUUAAACAUGGUGGAGUCGACUUGAUCGAAAUUUCGGGAGGAACGUAUGAGAACUGUCCCACGUCAAAGGAAGAUCUAUUCCCACAGUCUAAAAGCGAAAAGGAACGGGUCGGCACAAGGGAGGCAUAUUAUCUUGAGUUUACUCAAGAGGCACACCAACUUCUACGGCACAUCUCCUCGGAAGCUCAGCGGCCCUGUCCGGUCCUGAUGACCACCGGCGGCUUUCGUUCUCGAAGUGGGAUGGCCACGGCUAUCUCGAACGAGGAGACCGAUCUGAUUGGGCUCGGACGACCGGCAUGUCUGGACCCCUUACUGUCCACCAAGAUCCUCGACCCUAACCUGGCCAAUUACGUCUGCCCCAAUCCUCCCGUGCCCGGUGUGACCAUGUGGAAGAUCCUGGUGCCAGUCAAGUUGAUCGGCGCAGGAUUUAAGACGAUGUGGCACACUUGGCAGCUACAUCGCAUGUCACAUUACCAGCCGCCGGACCUCACCUGCACCGCCUUAGGAUCCUUACGCGUCAUCCUGCCGCUCGAUGCUCUUCUGGCUUCCGUGGCUCUCUUGCUGUCUCUACUGGCUAUAGGAGUUAUUGCCCGGCUCAUGGCCUAG